AUGGGACGAAUUAUACCAAAACACAUGGCCGCGGCGAGCGCCGUCAAUUGGGCAGCCGACAGGCAAAAGUCCAUGCUCGUGCAUCGCCAUAUUCAAGAAAGAACGGAGCUUGUUCCCGAAAGCAUAGCCAUUGACUGCGAAGCUACUGGUCAGAUAUCUUUUCGGGGGCUGGAGCGCCAGGCGAAUUCAGCUGCUGCACAGUUGAUCUGCGGUCGAGGUAGCAUUGUGCCUAUCAACAUGUCUCGCACAUCGCACCUUGUGGUCGCCAUGCUCGCAGUUCUCAAGACUGGUGCCGCAUAUACCUUACUGUCCCCAGAUGCCCCCGAGGAACGAAACCGUACGAUCGUGCAAGACACCAAAGCACGAUUUGUGCUCGUGGACAAGACAACGGCGGGAUUCGUGCAUGGAGAGUGCGAUGAGAUCGAAUUCGAAGCCUUUUCUCUGCAGGCGGACAGCAUAGCUGGUCCUGAUCAGUUUUACGCUAACUACCAGGCACCUUCAGACACUGCGUACGUCAUCUAUACAUCUGGUACUUCUGGAAACCCGAAAGGAGUAACUGUCUCGCACUUUGCUGCUUGCACAGGCCUGCUCGCAAUGCCUUUGCUCGAGUCAUCGAUGAACCACAAAAGUCUACUGCUUCAUUCUCCGAGCUUCAGCGCAGCUCAGCGGACAAUCCUUGGAACAAUCAUACGUGGCGGCACAUUAUGCGUGGCUAGCAAGACAUCAAUUACUGUCAAUCUGAGCGCAACAAUUUCAAGGUUGGCCCUUCGAUCAUUGGAGAUAACCCCUAGCCUCUUGAACAUUUUGAAGCCCGAGGACUUGCCCAAAUCUGUGAAACGCAUUACACUGGGUGGAGAGAAGAUCAGCGAUGUCAUUGUCGAGACCUGGGCGGGCAGAGUCGAGCUGGUCAGCGCCUACGGACUCAGCGAAUGUACGCAAUUGAGCAUGCGAUCAACUCUCUCGAAGGGCAAACCUGGCUCCCUGUUAGGCUGGCCAACUGACGGCACAAUCUCAUAUAUUCUACAACCAGGAAGCUACGAAGCCAUGCCGACUAACGUCCCGGGCGAACUCUGUCUUGGUGGAGAUCAGCUAGCAGACGGCUACUUGAACUUGCCAGACAAGACGAAACAAGCCUUUGCUUCCAACCCUUUUGGGCAAGGUCGCUUGUACCGCACUGGCGAUCUGGUGGUUCUCAGACCUGAUGGAUGCAUGGAACUAUUAGGACGUAUCGAUCAGCAGACCAAAAUCGAAGGGCAUCGAGUAGAGCCGGAAGAAUCUCACAGCUACAUACAGCUCCACAAAGAAGUUAUCAGCUCGGCUGUCGUACCUGCGACUAUCCAGGGUCAAAACGCGAUGGUCGCGGCGAUUGUCCCGAGCCGCAAUGUCGAAUGGUCGACGCUGGUACAAGAGUUGCGGGCGGUCCUUCGUAGCAAGCUACCAUCGUACGCUAUCCCGCAAUACUGGCUUGAACUCCAAGCAAUGCCUCUCAACAUCAAUGGCAAGACCGAUCUGGCCGCAUUGAAGACACUAGCCGAAACCAAGAGUAUCAAUGAGCUGGUGGCGUUGGCGGUUCCCAAGUCGGUUCCGCAUCAUCACUCCGCACCACAGUUUGAUGUUGUAUUGAAAAGUCUUUCUGAAGUUCUUCAAUUACGUCCGGAACAGCUCGAUCUCGGCAGUUCCUUUCAGGACCUUGGCGGCUCGUCUCUCAAAGCCAUCAUCCUGGCCACGCGACUCCGAGAAGUCUCUCUUGACAUUUCUGCUGCCGACAUACUGCAAUUCGACUGUCUCAGUCAGCUACUGGAGUGGGAAAAAUUGGUAGACCCGCAGAGCACCAAGGACUACGUGCCUUUCUCGCUCCUGCCAGAUGGCUUUGCGCACGAUCCUGUUACAUGGGAAGAUGCAUAUCCGGCCACUCCGCUUCAGACUGGUAUUCUGGCUGAUACGAUGUUGGGCAACGCCAAUCACUGGUAUCAAAGAGUAUAUCGGCUGAACGGCAUCACUAUCGCUCAGGUCAUGCAAGCUCUCAACACGGUCAUAGCGCAACACGCGAUCUUCCGCACGGGGUUCGUGCCGUGGAAGCGAGGCUUUACUCAGGUGGUAAAGCGACGCCAGCCUCUAAACGUCACAACAUUCCGCGACAUGAGUCUGGAACAAGCUCGCCAAUCGCUGGCUGGAGAGACUAAGUCCAUAUCUGGUCCGCUGGUCAAGGCAGCGUUCCUGGAUGACGGUUAUUUGAUACUUGUUAUGCAUCAUGCCCUUUUCGACUACUGGUCAAGCCAAUUCCUUGUUCAGGAUGCUAUCUCGGUCCUGAAAGGUCAACAGCCGCUAUCCAGAGCACCUUUCAGCAGAUUUGUUGCUAACGUGAAUUCGAACGAGCCCAGAUCGGAAGUAUUCUGGCGAGACUAUCUCCAAGAUGCACCUGACGCCAAAUUUCUGGUGAACGAUGUUGGGUCUGAGCCGCAAACAUUCCAAGCAGAUAUCGGGGACUUGCUCAUGGAUUUCUGCCAAUCCACCGGAACCACGCUAGGUGCGUCUGUACAUGAAGCAUGGGCAAUGACUAUAAUGAGGCUUGUUGGAUCAAACGAUGUCACUUUCUUGACCGCCAUAUCUGGAAGAGAUGCGCCAUUAGAAGGAAUUAUGACAUUGAAUGGACCAACGAUGAGCGCAGUUCCAUUGAGGGUCAGACAUGACCCGAAUGCUUCCGCAGCAAUACGAGCCAGGAAGACGCAGGACAAUCUCUGGAGCUUGUCGGAACACGGUCAAUACGGACUUCGUCAGGCUCUUGCGGCAGCAGGAAAGGCCCCUGGUGCCUUCAACACGAUGGUCAACAUCUUGAUCACUCUGCAAGACUUUUCUCUCGACACUCCGCUAGCUCCUAUCGUUUGGCACGAGGAUAAUUUCACCCAAUAUAUAACCCUUGAGAUUGACGAAAGUCAUCCCUCAUGUGCGAAGUUGCUCGCUCCUGCUGGACUUAAUCAUACCCAGGCCAAGAAAAUUCUCGAGACCUUUGUCGACGUCCUUCGAUCGAUGCAGUUGGACAGUCUUAGUGAUGCGGAAGUCGACCUAACUCCUGCAGACUCCGAUUGCGAUGAGUACAUAGUGCUUCCGAGCGCUCAACCCACCCCUGCACCCGAGUUUGGUCUUGCACACGCUGCCUUUGAGAACGUCGCAGCUGAAAUGCCUUCAAAGGUCGCUGUGCGCCACAGCGAUGGUCAAGAAUGGACUUACGCUGAGACAAAUGCAGCAUCCAACAAGUUCUGCAGGUGGCUCACUGAUCAGGGCGUCACGCCUGGUGAACUAAUUCCACUGUAUAUGGAGAAGUCAAAGGAUGUCCUCGUUGCCAUACUCGGCAUUCUCAAAGCUGGUGCGGCUUUCACACCUAUGGAUCCGGCCAACCCUCGCGAACGGAAUGCCUUUAUAGUCAAAGAUGUCGCUGCUCGGCGCGUAGUCUCGGAUACUACACACCAACAGACUUGUCACGACUUCGGCUGCGAUGUGAUUGUACUGUCAGAUCUGUACCUCGAACACUACUCGAGCGAAGACAUCAGGGUUGCUGGCCUCUCACCCGGCAGCACGGCUUACGCCAUAUACACAUCAGGUUCUACGGGAUUGCCCAAGGGUGUUCUGGUGCCUCACUCUGCAGUCGUGGCCGCUACUAUAGGCAUGGUCAAAGCUACGAAUGUCACUCCGGACUGGGUUGCACUCUGGGUUCUGAACUACGUGUUCGAUGCUUCGUACUACGAUGUGUUCACUAUUUUCUCCACGGGUGGCACGCUGUGCGUGGCACCGCAGGACGAUAUCCUCUCUGAUCUUACCGGACACAUCAACAGGAUGAACGUCAAUCAGGUCAUGCUUACUCCUACGAUCACCAAAUUGAUCAGGAAUGGGCCGGCUGAUGUUCCCGGCCUCAAAGUCCUCAAUGUCUGUGGAGAGAAGAUCGACAUGAAUAUUCUCUCGUGGGCGGAAAAAGUUGAUGUGUACAACGGCUAUGGACCAACUGAGGCAACCAUCUUGAUGACAGUCUCUAAAGUCCAGCCGGAGGGCGAUCUGAACAGUAUAGGUUUCCCUAUGUUGCACGUCAAGGCUCUCAUCGUGCGACCAGAUGCAACUAGCAUCGAGCCAGUAGCUGGAGGUGACGUUGGCGAGCUAUGUGUAGCCGGACCUCAGCUAGCCAAGGGCUACCUCAAUCGGGCUGAGCAGACUAGGAUGUCCUUCGUCGAGCUUGCAAAUGGCGAGCGAUGGUACCGCACUGGAGACCUUGCAUCAUGGGCUCAGGAUGGUUGGCUCAUCUGUUACGGACGGAAAGAUAAUCAGGUCAAGCUCAACGGCUUUCGAAUCGAGCUUGGUGAGAUCGAAAAUGCCAUAGAGCGCACUGGUGAAGUGGAUGCUGUCGUCGUGACGGUUGCGGAACUCAGUCACAAACGACAGCUUGUUGCUUUCUGCAUCUUCAAAGGCGACAGAGAAGCUGGCUUACCAACCCUUCUGGGCGCCGAAAAGCGUCUAGACGCUAUCAAAGGUCUGGCGCACAACUUGGAAGCGGGCACCCUGUCCCAUUACAUGAUGCCAGCUUUAUACCUGCCAUAUACGGCAUUCCCAACCUUGCCUUCUGGCAAGGCAAACAGGAAGCAACUCACGGCAUAUGCAGAAGCCCUCGACAAGACACAAGUGGCAUCAUACAGUCCACAAAGCGUACCAAAGUCGCAGUUUCUAUCGGCUUCCACUGCCGAGGAGAUUGUUCUACAGCAAGCAUGGGCGGCUGUGCUUGACAGCCCCAUGAGCUCUAUUGGCGCCAACUCAGACUUCCUCGCUUUUGGGGGCGACUCCAUCGCCGCCAUUACCGUCGCAUCAGAAUGCCGAAGAAUCGGAUACAGUGUCUCUGUUGCCAAGAUUCUUGCGAAUCCGCUUCUGGCCGACCAAGCUCGACACCUAAAUCUUUUGGUUGCCAAUGCUUCGACUGAGAGAACGAAAGGCUUCGAGAUACCAGAUGCGGUGAAGUACGCCAUUGAGGAAAGUGGUCUCAACUAUGAAGGUGAUGUGGAGGAUGUCUAUCCUUGUGGUCCUGGCCAGUCGGAGUUUCUUGCUCGAGGCUUCGAACCUGAACAAUACUGGAACCUGGUCGUGUGCCGCGACCUUCCUUCUGAUUUUGAUUUGGAGCACUGGCUGCGCGUGACACAGAGUCUUACAGCACGCAACCAGAUACUGCGGGCCACGUACUGCCCAGUGUCCUCAGCUCACGAAACGAAAUGGUAUCAAAUCAUAUUGAAAACUUCCACACUUGACUGGAGCGCAACCACUUAUGGCUCGGACGAUGAAAAGAAAGCCCUCAUCGACGACUUGCGCAAGAGCGACUUCGCUGUAGGAAAGGCUAUGAUCGCUUAUAAGCUGCUCGUCCACAGCUCGACGGGCCGGCUGUCACUCUGCAUCAAAGUCAGCCAUGGAUCUUACGACGGAACGCUGCUUCGAAUCUUUGAUGAGCAGUUCACAGCAUUGGCACGCAACGAUCCAGUGCUUUCAGACGUGAAUCCGUUCAGGAACUAUAUUGAAUGGGUGACGCAGCAAGAUCGCAACAAAAGCCUGGGUUAUUGGAAACAGCUGCUUCAAGACUAUGCGCCAGCUUCAAGCUUUCCGGUCCGACUCGCUACAGAUAGCAAAGGCUUUACUGCUAUCACCGCCGACGUCGAUACCAUCGCGCUGCGAUUCGGUGUCACAGCAUCUACUGUCUUCCAAGCUGUCAACGCUUUGGUAGUCGGCAACAUCACAUCUUCGAGCGAUAUCUUGGUCGAUAACCUGAUUACUGGUCGUAACGCUGACGUCGCAAACCCUCAGACCGUCAAUGGUACAUGUGCAAACUUCUUGCCCUUCCGCUCCCGGCUGAGCGUAUCGACCACUGUCGCGCAAUUUCUCAAGACAACACAGUCCGAUUUCUGGGACACUACAGAGCACGGAAACGUCAAUCUGGAUGAUAUCUACCAAGGUACCCUCGGCUGGGAUCGAGCGAACAAAGGCGGCAUGGCCAAGAUGCUCUAUUGCUACCAGCCUUUCGAUCCCGCCCCAGCUGGUUCGGACGUGAACCAUAUGCGAUGGAUCGUCAUGGCACAGAGUCAAGUCUACAUGACAUUCAAUUAUGCUCUCUAUGUGGAAGUACAAAAGACAGCGGCCGGUGGUCAUCGUAUCAAGCUGGAGUGGGAUAGUCGAGCUCUCGGAGCUAAUGUGGUGGAGAGGGUGGGUGGCCUGUUCAACGAAGUUCUUGCGGAACUUGCGUCUGCUGAGGGAGAUGCGAAGUUGUCUGUGCUCAACGGAGCACUGGCAGGACUAUAA